CAUUUUACUUUUCUUCGGGUAGAAGGUUUUCCAGUUUGGGUGUAAAAAUCGUGUUUCGCUUUGAUUAGUUUUUGAUUGGAGCAAAUUUCUGCGUUCACUUUUAGCUUCGGUAGUGUUGAACAACAGCGAAACAAUCAAAAUGGGCGUUGAGGUCAUUCCAAUCUCCAACGGAGACCAAUCUACCUUCCCAAAGACCGGCCAGGUUGCAGUGGUCCACUACACUGGCACACUGGACAAUGGAACGGUGUUUGACUCUUCCCGCACUCGUGGAAAACCUUUCCGAUUCACCGUUGGCCGCGGGGAGGUCAUCCGUGGAUGGGACGAAGGUGUCGCUCAGAUGUCGGUUGGACAACGCGCCAAAUUGGUCUGUUCACCGGACUACGCAUACGGUAGCCGCGGCCACCCCGGAGUUAUCCCUCCGAAUGCUACUUUGACCUUCGACGUUGAACUGUUACGGGUCGAAUAAAUCAGCCAAAUUAACAUAAUGAAGUAACCGGUUAAAUCAGUGAAUCAAACAAAAAAUAGCAUACAAAUACGGAAAUAUUGAAGCAAUCCUUGAAACCGGGUUUGGUGUAUGAACUUUGACAACUUAUUACAAAACUAAUAUGGGAGGAACAGUAGAAUAUGCUAAAUCUUCAUUCAACAGUCGAUCAUGGGAAAAAAGGUCGCACUUGUAACUGUAGGUUUUCAAUCGACACUCACUAUCUAAACGAACUUUAUCUUUGAACAAAACAAAAAAAUUAACAAAUCAACAAACGAUGCAUUUAUACUGUCUACUUCUCUAUCGAUUUUUAGAAAAUUUAUUAUUAGAAAGCCAAUUGAGCUCCUGUAGUAUCAUCUUUGAGAUUGUGUAGCGUAAAAGCGAAAAAAUCUGUUCCAAUUUUGAUAGGUCCUUGCGGAAAACAUUUCGUAGUUGUGCAAAGAGCCUGCUCUGGCAGUGGGUUUUGGCAAUCUUUUCCACGUUUCAACUUCCGUUUUACAAUUCCAAAAACAUAUACAACAUAAAAAAAACGUUUCAAAUAAAAUACAACAUAAUACCAAACAUAUAUACAGAAAACAGAAAACUAAAAGCAAAAACAUUUAAAAUUUAACAGUUUAAAUGAGAGUCAUAUACCAUUCGACGUUGUAAUGCAAAAGAAAGAAUUAUUCAUAACUCUGUAUCUCAAUUAUAGAACAAAACAA